AUGAGUCAGAGUAAGGGCGCCUUGAAUCGUGCCGUCAAAAACGCUUAUCUCAGUCUAGUCAAACGCGUGCCGUCUUCAGCUGCCAACGACGCCGAUAAUAGUCGCUUCACUGAUGCGUCAGAUAGCGACAUCGUCACCAACAGUCUACCAGUUAGCAAUAACUUUGAAAACACUAUCGACAGCAGCUAUCCAAGUGACCUCAACACCAAUUCCACCAACACACCAAGCGACUUCAAUGUCAUCGUCUGCGAUUGGAGUUUGAUAUCGUCGAAUGUCAAUUAUUUUGGUGUUGUCGAAAUGGUAGAGGAUCUUGGUCGUCUACUCGCCGAUUUCGUGCACUUCCUGCACCUGAACUAUCACGAUGUUUACUUGAUCGGCCACUCGUUGGGCGCGCAAAUUGCCGGGAGUGCUGGCAAGCAAGUGCAAGCAUUUCGCUUUAACACCAUUUAUGCGCUCGAUCCUGCUGGGCCGAAAUUUCGCGAUCUAACCGAUGAGUAUUGCAUCGAUCCCACCGAUGCUGAGUAUGUUGAAUCCAUACAGACAAGCAGUAGUUUAGGCUUCGAAGAGCCAGUUGGUCAUGCGACUUUCUAUCCCAAUUAUGGUCGCGAUCAGAAGAAAUGCUACAUCUAUGGCUGUUCCCAUAGGCGUGCCUAUCACUAUUUUGCCGAAUCGAUUACCAGCAAAUUGGGUUUUUGGGGCACACUUUGUCGUCGCGAAUCGGAGGAUGUUUGGAUAAUUUCGGAAUCGGGUGCAGAGUUUCGCAUGGGUGGUGAACCUUCGACACCGAAGCGGGGCACAUUCUAUGUAAAGACUGCAGAUCGACCGCCAUAUGCUUUGGGUCGCAAUGUACAGCCGCUUAGGUUGGUCACACCGACGAUAGAUGAUGCGGCAGAUGGAAGUGUCGAAAUGAAGUCGCCAUUAAAUGAGUUUUGAUGUUCUUUUUUUUGAGUCGU